AUGGCCCAGCACAAGGCUGCCGCAGCGGCUGACGUAGAGGUUAUUCGUGUUGCUGUCGAUCCAGCUAUCUGCGAGCUGGAGUCGCCUUUCCGCAUUGAGCUCGAGCUGCGGUCAAAGGUGCCGCAGGUGCCCAAGGCGCAGUGGCGUGUGCGCUUCCUGGCAGACCUCGUGCAUCAUCGGUUGCCGAUAGAUUUGCGGCUUGAUGGCCAGAACAGCGAGAUCAGCGAGACCAGUGCUGCAAACGGCCAAGCAAAUGGCACUGCAACCGGUACUGACCGGGAUGGAGCCUCUGGAGGCUUUACCACUUUGCACGUGCUCCACAUGGCCGGAGUGCCGGUUGCAGACCUUCCGGCCACAGCACUGGAGAGCCUCAGCCUCUUGGAGGUGCGUCUUGUCGCUGACAGUGCCGACAGCGUGGACGGUGCCGGCAGCGAGAAGCAGGCUGAUCUUGUCUGUGUGCGCCUCGUUGUGGAUGUGCGCAGAGGGGCGACCGGGCUGUGGCAAAGAGGCGUCUUGGAUCCUUUCAGAUAG